UUUUAAAAAUUUCAUAUUAUAAUAUAUUAUAUUAUAUUAUAAAAAAACGCUUAAAAUGAUUCCAAAGAUCCCCAUAUCAUGUUGACGUGAUCAUCACUAACCCAGUCCCAAUAUAGCAUCGGGUGGUUGAUAGUGUUACAGAAUCUCGAUUAAUUCUCAGAUUCUCCCUAUCAUUUUGUCACCUUAAACCUGUUGAUUCAGUUCAACAACCCCCUCAUGUUACAUUUAUUAUAAACCCUAAUUUCUUCGUUAUACCGCAGCUCAAUCUUAUUGAUUUUGAGAUACCUGCAUUGAAUGCUGACAACCCAUAAUCAAUUAGAUUGGAUUGUUGGUGGGUCAAAAAUAAGUGAUUAGUUGCUUCUUCUGUGUUGGAUUGAUCUGGUAUUUUGCAAAGAUGGCAGACGUAGCAAAGGACUUAACCGCCGGAACAAUAGGAGGGGCAGCACAGUUGAUAGUUGGACACCCUUUUGAUACCAUCAAGGUCAAACUUCAAAGUCAACCCGUCCCUCCACCGGGUCAGCUCCCUAGAUAUUCCGGUGCAAUAGAUGCCGUUAAACAAACAAUAGCAGCAGAAGGUCCACGGGGUCUAUACAAAGGCAUGGGUGCCCCUCUUGCCACUGUGGCAGCCCUAAACGCUGUUCUGUUUACAGUUAGAGGGCAAAUGGAAGCACUUUUGAGGUCUGAGCCCGGUGCACCCUUAACCGUGAACCAGCAGGUGGUUGCUGGAGCCGGUGCUGGAGUUGCUGUUGCCGUUUUGGCCACCCCAACUGAGUUAGUCAAGUGCAGAUUACAGGCCCAAAGUGCACUAGCGGGUGCAGUAGCCGGCGGUCCAGCAGCAACAAUAACCGCUGCAGUGAAGUACAGCGGUCCAAUGGAUGUGGCUAAGCAAGUGCUGAGGUCAGAAGGCGGUGUUAGAGGCCUGUUCAAAGGACUAAUUCCCACAAUGGCCCGUGAAGUCCCCGGGAAUGCAGCCAUGUUUGGUGUUUACGAGGCCAUGAAGCAGUAUUUUGCUGGUGGGACCGAUACUUCUGGUGUAGACCGUGGUUCAUUGAUCAUAGCCGGAGGCAUAGCUGGAGGUGCAUUCUGGGCUUCGGUUUACCCCACUGAUGUCAUCAAGAGCGCGAUCCAGGUUGAUGAUUAUAGGAACCCUAAGUAUUCGGGUUCAAUUGAUGCUUUCAAAAAGAUUCUCAAGAUUGAGGGGGUGGGGGGAUUAUACAAAGGUUUCGGGCCUGCGAUGGGAAGAAGUGUCCCGGCUAAUGCUGCUUGCUUUUUCGCUUAUGAAAUCGUGAGGUCGAGCUUGGGUUGAUUUUUAAACAUACACAAUAGGAAUAGGAAUGACUUGAUAUUUUGAAUUCAUCGUUGCAAAAGAGUAGCCCUUUUUUUAACAAGUAAAAUCUUGAAAUAAUUUGUGAUUCAUGUUACCUUGAUAAUAUUGGAUAACUCAUUUGGUUGGAGAGUGAACAAA